AUAAAUAUUUGUUGAAACCGGAACGGACACGUAAAUAAUAAACCCAGAACGUCUGAUGAGCAGUAACUGCAGUUGAGCUCUUGGAAUAUUGCUGUCUGUGUCAAAAUUUAGUUGUCCUUAGCUCCUUAAUUAUGGGAGAAGAGAAAUCGUCUUUCCAGGAUGUAAACCCAGAACUACUGAAAGAGGUUAUGAAUGAAGUUAUAGAUGAAGUUACAUUAGGAUUAUGUUUUGAAGUCCACAGAGCAUAUAAAAAGGGAACUUUAUUCUUAGCUGAUACAGACCCAAAAUCACAAAAAGACUUUGAAAUUGUCGACAGAUUUGGUGUUGAUGUAUUUGGACAACUGCCUACAAAGAAACAGUUUGAAUGCAUCUGUCCAAGUUGUCACAGAAACAUGGCUGCAUCUAGAUUUGCUCCCCAUCUUGAAAAGUGUAUGGGCAUGGGCAGAAACAGUUCUAGGAUUGCCAGCAGACGACAGGCUGCACAACUUGCCAGAGAAUCAAAUGACAGACCAUCGAGUGCUCAAGGUAAACGUGACAGCGAUGAAAGUCCUGAUGAUGAUAAUGAUGUAGACUGGAGCUAUCAUGUUGAUAAAAAAUUGAAAAAAUUAAAGAAAGACAAGAUGACAAAUUCACCAAGAAGAAACAAAAACAAGAUUAGAAAUGGAGACAGUUUUCUUGAAAGAUCAGUAACUCCUGAACCUAAUUAUGAAAUGAUGACAAUAGAUGAAAGAAAGAAUCUCCUGACACAUACUUGUGGUGUGAUAUCAGAACAUACAAAGAAAAUGUGUACAAGAUCACAUAGAUGCCCUCAACAUUCUGAUGAACAAAGAAUACAAGUUAGACAAUUUCUAAUAUCAGGGGAUGAUGAUGUACAUAUAGAUAUUGAUACAUUAGAUGACCCAGAUAGUGAAUCUGUCAGAGAUGCAUUAUGGGAAGAAAACUCAACGUCAUCUUCUCCUGCUGGUUCUAUUGUAUCUUCUACAAGUUUAGCCAUUAAAAAACGUCCAGCUCAAAAGGCAAGUUCAAAAAGUAAAGUGAAGAAGAAGAAACCAAAUCGACCAAUAGAAUCUAUACAUAAUAAUGAUGAAUUAUUAGCUAACAGUAAUUUAUAUGACUUUGAAUGAUUUAUAAUAGUUAUUUGUUCAGCUGAAUUGUGUCUUUAAUGCAGUGAAUCUUUGAAAAAAUAAAUUAUUCUAUGAUACAGUUCUUUUAAAAACUAUCAACCUAGCUUUUGCAUUUGUGUGGUGUUUUAAAAAAUAUUAUAAGCAGCUGUCAUUUGGAUACCAAUAUGUCCACUCAGUAAAUGAAGUUAUGUUGAAUUUAUGCCCCUAAAAAGAAACUGAAACUUACUUUAUUUUGUACUUAGUGUCCCCAUAUGUUGAUAAUAGUCUUUUAUUCAAAGCAAUACAGCUUUUACAUAUUAAUAGAUUCACUGUAUUACAGACACAACAUUUAAAGUCCCAGUGACUAUAAUUUAGAAUUUGUUGUAUUAUUCCAAAGUCUUUCUGUGUGUAAUUGUAAUCUUGUUUAUGAGGGAGUGUAUACAAUGUGUAAUCAAAUUACAGUUUUUUUGUUUUACAACGAGAAACCCAGAGACUACCAUGUUGAUUUCUAUAAAAAUAGCAAUUUUUAAAAGUACUUUCUAUAACUUUUUUAAUGAUCACUACCUUUUUAUAUAUCAAUAAAUGAGAGGAAUUGAACAUAUGAAAUGCUAAUACAUUAUUGUUAAUUUGAUCUAAGAUACCCUAUUCUAGGAGUGGGGGCUAUACUGCAAUCAUUUUGUCUGACCAUCUGUCUGUUUAUCAAAAAAAUAUAUAUAUUUGGUUAGCAUCUUAACAGUGCAAGUUGCUGAUACUAUGAAUUUUCAAUAUGUUUUAUUAACUUCAUAUUUUCAUCACACAAUUCUCCACUACUAUUGAACAGAAUGACUUCCUUUUUAGGUCAGUAGACCUGUAAAACAAGUGUGCAUCUUGGAUUUGUCAGACCUCCACUUGUUUAACCAAAAUAUUCAAAACGUUGAUAGAACUUAAUAUUUUCCUUUUGUACUACUUAACAGAAUGACUACAUUUCUUAUGUGUAGCAUGCCAGGAAUAAUUUGUAAAACACUUUUCUGAUCUAUCAGACUCUUAUUUCCUGUAAUCAUUGCUUUAUAUUAUGAGUGGGGUAGGCAUAGCACAACAAAGUGUGCAAUUUCUUGUUUUAUAUUAAUGGUUAAAAUGUCUUGUUAUUUAAUGUUACUUUGUUGUAAUGCUCAUUCGAUUUAUUACAUUAUAAAAUUAU